AUGUCAUUUUUAGGGUUUGGUGCUUCUCAACCACAAUUAACUUCUGAACAAAAGAUUAGUGCGGCAGAGACCGAAUUGGAUCUUGUUACGGAUAUGUUCAACCGUCUGGUCAACAAUUGCCAUCAGAAGUGUAUUGAUAGGAGUAAUUAUAGCGCGGGUGAUUUGAACAAGAACGAAUCUGCGUGUUUGGACCGUUGUGUUGCCAAGUACUUUGAAACGAAUGUGAAAGUUGGUGAGAACAUGCAAAAGAUGGGACAAAACUUUUCUGCCGGUGGGAGAUUUUAA